GAACUGUGGGCGGGUAGGGGGCCGUAGGGCCGGCGCGGAUUAUGGCUCCCGGCACGAGAGAUUUACGUGAUUCUGCAGUGCCUUUGCUGAACUCACCAAGCGUUGAAGGGGAUGCUAUCAAGGUUUACGUAAGAGUACGUCCCCCUUCAGAGGGAACUGCAUUAACUGAUGGAGAUCAAGGCUUGUGUUUAUCUGUUCUUUCAUCAAACACCAUCCGUCUGCAUUCGAAGCCUGAGCCGAAGAUCUUCACUUUUGAUUAUGUUGCAAAUAUGGAAACAACACAGGAGUCAGUGUUCUCAAGUGUGGCCAAAAGUAUUGUUGAAUCAUGUAUGAAUGGCUACAAUGGAACCAUCUUUGCAUAUGGCCAGACUGGAUCAGGAAAAACUUUUACUAUGAUGGGACCAUCUGAUUCUGAUAAUUUCACUCACAGUCUGAGAGGUGUCAUUCCACGGAGCUUUGAAUACUUAUUUUUUCUAAUUGAACGUGAGAAAGAAAAGGCUGGCAGUGGAAAGAGUUUUCUCUGCAAAUGCUCUUUUAUUGAAAUCUACAAUGAGCAGAUAUUUGACUUGCUAGACUCUGCUUCAGCUGGACUCUUUCUCAGAGAGCACAUCAAGAAGGGGGUCUUUGUUGAUGGUGCUGUUGAACAGGUGUUAUCAUCUGCUGCUGAAGCAUACCAGGUAUUAACUAUGGGCUGGAGAAACCGUCGUGUAGCAUCAACCUCAAUGAACAGAGAAUCCUCAAGGUCACACGCAGUUUUCACUAUCACAGUGGAAUCCAUGGAGAAAAACAAUGACAUUGUUAACAUUCGUUCUUCCCUUCUCAACCUGGUAGACUUGGCAGGGUCUGAGAGACAGAAAGACACCCAUACAGAAGGACUGAGACUGAAGGAAGCAGGUAACAUAAAUCGAUCACUGAGUUGCCUGGGCCAAGUAAUCACAGCACUUGUUGAUGUGGGUAAUGGAAAACAGAGACACAUUUGUUAUCGGGAUUCCAAGCUCACUUUUCUGCUACGGGAUUCCCUCGGCGGUAACGCAAAAACAUGUAUAAUUGCAAAUGUCCAUCCAGGAUCCAGGUGUUUUGGUGAGACACUGUCAACCCUUAAUUUUGCUCAGCGAGCAAAGUUGAUUAAAAACAAGGCUGUGGUGAAUGAAGACACACAAGGAAAUGUGAGCCAGCUGCAAGCUGAAGUCAAGAAGCUGAAAGAGCAACUUGCUCAACUUACGUCAGUGCCAUCUAUGCAUGAUAUUUCUGUAUCACAAGAUGCUGCUGAAAAGGAGAAAAAAAAUAUAAAUUACAUUAACAACUUUAUUGAAGCAAUGUUGUUCUGGGAGAAAUCAGAAUGUGAGAAGAAGAAUUUACUAGAAAGAAUUGCUCAACUAGAAGACUUGUGUGCCAAGAAGGAGAAAUUCAUUCAGUCCAAUAAAAUGAUAGUCAAAUUUCGUGAAGACCAUAUUGUUCGCUUGGAGAGACUGCAUAAAGAAGCUGGUGGAAGUUUAUUGCCAAAAGAGCAAGAAGAUCUCCUCAGUGAAUUGAGGGAGGAAUUGCAGACACUCAGAGAACAGAUGGAACAACACCCACGAAUUGCCAAGUAUGCCAUGGAGAAUCAUAACCUCAGAGAGGAGAAUAAAAGACUUCGUUCUCUACAAUCAGUGAAAAAAGCCCAGGAAGUUGACGCUCAGACUGUUGCAGAACUAGAAAAGGCUUUUUUGCAAGCUUCAGCCACAGAGAAAAAUACUGGAGGUCAGCACGUCUAUUCUAGCACCACAUUAGCCGAAGGCAACUCUCUGGCAUCUGUUGAGAAGCUGAAAGCACGCCUGCUACAAACUCAGAGUGAACUGGCGAGUUCAAAACAAGAAUAUGAAGAAUUUAAAGAGCUAACCAAGAAAAAGCAUAUGGAACUGGAAUCAGAACUUCAGUCCUUACAGAAAGCAAACCAGCACCUUGAAAACAUUUUGGAAGCGACCAAAGCACACAAACGCCGAGAAGUGUCUCAGUUGCAUAAGCUGCAUAGAGAAACUCUUAAGAACAUAACUACUCCAACAAAAGCGUACCAGCUGAGGUCUCGCCUCGUGCCACGGAUAAGCCCAGAGAUCUCAGAUUUUCACUGUGAAGAUUUUGAGUGUUGCAAAGAGACGAUGGAUGACAUUUUUAAAGAGCCUGUUCCCCCAGAGAUGAAUGAACAAGCAUACGAGGCCAUUGCAGAGGAGCUCAAGGUGGCACAGGAACAACUGAGCACAAUGCAGACAAAGCUGGAUGAAGAGGAAAGCAAAAAUAUAAAACUCCAGCAACAUAUUAAUAAACUGGAACAUCAUUCUGCACAAGUACAGGAGCUUCUUUCAUCUGAAAGGAAUGACUGGAAUAAGGAGCGUGAGGAGCUACUUGAGCAGAUAAAACUGCUUGAAAAGCAAUUUCAGGAUGCUCAAAGCAAGGCUGAUAUAUUAACAAGUGAAGUCCAUGACUUACGCAUUGUCCUGCAGUCUGCAGACAAGGAGCUGUCUGCUGUAAAACAGGAAUAUAGAGCCUUUAGGGAAAAGCAAGAGAAGGAAAUGAGUCAGCUUUCUGACAGACAUAUGGAUGUACAGUUCAAGCUGGACAGUGUCAGGCUAGAAUAUGAAAAGAAUCUUGAAGAAAAAGCAAGCCUUCAGGAUGACUAUGACAAUUUGCAAGAAGUGACAAAGUUUGAGACAGAUCAGCUGAAGCAACAGCUUGAAGACAGACAACAAGAAACUGAAGCAAUGAAAACUGAGCUCUACAACCUACUAAAACUCCUGGAAGUAGAAAAAGAACAUAAUCAGAAGCUAAGAUUACAAUUACAAGAAGACAAAGAAAAUUCAAAAGAGCUCUUGAAAGUACUUGAAAAAGCACAAGUGGAGAAACCGUCAUCUGAAAUGCUGACACGAUGUGAACAGCAGGAUGAAAAACUGCAGAAAUUAGAACAGGAGUUGGCUGCUGCCGAAGAGGUUAUUGUUUCUUUGAAGAAGACAAAUGAUGCAGAUAAGGAAGUUGUAACUGACUUAAUGAGACAGAUCCAGGAGUUGAGGUCUUCAAUUAAUCAUAAAACUGAAUCCAUAGAUGGGCUAACAAGAGAGCUGGAGGAUAUAAAUUGCAAGUAUAAUUUUGUUCUGGCUGCAAAAGAAGAAAGCAAAGGAAUCAUAGAGGAUCAGGAGAAGAAGAUUGAAGAACUGAGGGAAGCCUUGGAGAGAAGACAAAUGGCAGAUAAUGUUGAGAGAGACCUUCUUUGUGAAGAAUUGCAUCAUACCUCUGAUCAGCUGAUAAGACUGACAGAAGCCUCUAAGAAACAUGAUGCAUUGCUUCAGUGUGCACAGCAAGACAUAACAGAGAAAGAAGCUUUAAUCCAGGAACUCAGAGAACAGUUGGAUAAGAUGACAGAAGAACUAGAGAAGAGGAAGAGUGAAUAUGAAUUCAAAAUGAAGCAAAUAGAUAGCUUUUUCGUGGACUCAUCUACAGUAACGUUUCCUCAGUGUCCAAAAACUCCCCCUAAUUUUGAUGUGAAUCUGGCAAAAAUCUUAGAGACUCAUGAGCAAGAAAUAGCCGAUAGGAGGGCUUCUGCAAUCACUCUAGAGCACCUUGUACAUGAACUGAAUGAAGAACGAAGAGCUAAAAAUGAUGAGAUUCUACGGCUGAAGGAGCAAUUAAAUGAACUGGAGAGCUUACGUUUGGAGAUGCAGAUAUUGGUGGAAAACAACAGGAAUUUACAGAGUCAACUUACAGAAGCUCAGAAACUAAGCAAGAACAGUGAUCAGAAACACACUGAUGUUCAGCAGCUCCAAGAGAAAGAGGAGGAGAUUGCUGAAGAACGACGGGCAAAGAACAAAGCAAUGGAGGAGAUACUGAAAAUCAAAGCAGAAUUAGAAGAGACCAAAAAUGCUCUCAGAAUCAGAGAGAAUACCUGUCUUGAAAUGACUCUGGAGAUGGAACGAACAAGAGCUUUGGAACUGAAGGCGUUUCAAGAAAAAGAAGAAAUUAGAUCAAAAUUGGAAGAAACAUAUGAAGAGAGAGAUAGAAUUGGAAAGGAAAUAGACAUGCUGAGGAAGCAAGUUGACUCUCUUGCUGAGGAGAAUGGGAAAUUACUCGGUCAUCAAAAUGUAAACCAGAAGAUUCAGUAUCUUGUGAAACUGAAGAAAGAUUACACUAAACUCACUGAGGAGACUGAAAAACUGCGAGCUGAAAAUGCCUUUUUGAGAGAAACUAAAAGAUGUGACUACUGUAGGCAAUGCACUCUAAGCCACUUAGAACCAUUCUGUGCUCAAACAGAAGAUAGAAAUGUGAUGAGAAACAUGAAGUUUGCAAAGGAGCGUGGCAUAAGGCCAUUUAAUCACACGUACUGUAAGUAAGUGAAACGUUUCUUAGCAGAACGCAAUGCACUGAUCUAGGUUGUGACACCGAGCACUUGUCUUUUUAGUGGCUUCUACGGUCAGUAACGCCACCCUCUUUGUCCUGGGUAGCCACAAAGCUUUCUGCCCCCAGAAGCAAUAGGGCUAAGGAGAACGGAGCCGCCCCCGGCACGGCCAGCUGGAGCCUCGGGAGCUCUGUGCGCCGUACCUCUGCGUCUGCAGCCUUAAAGCUCUAUCGGUACCGCGUCCUUUCUAAAUAAAGCCUUUGUAUACAAACGUC